UCGUUCAUUGAAGAAUUCAGGAAUGCGGACUCUGUCUCUUUAAGAGGGCAGCUCCUGCUGUUCUGCCUCUCAUCUCUGUACCUGCUCAAGUCCGCUCGCGCUCGGAUCGUUUCACGCCAUAGCUGUCCAUGAGACUCUGCAUUUACAUAUGUGAGAAUUCCCAUCAAUCGCUUAAAUGUCGUUUCUGGUUAAAAUAAAUGCGUUUAUUUUAUUAAUCAUAUGCGUUGUAUAGUUAUCUUUUAAUAUCGCUUUUGAAACCUGUACGAUCACGCGCGUCUUGAGGAUACUCCUGGAUUUACAUAUCGCGUCUAUUUUCGGAUUUAUAAAUACAAGCAUGAUUUCGAAGUUCUUGGUAAGUGAGGCGUUUUUAAGAUGUUGAUUUGAAAAUAAAUUUGUCCGGAAUACAAUUCGGCUCGUGCUCUACCUUCCAUUUUCCUAAAAGGAAUUCCUCAGCGUAGUGUAAUACAUAAAUGAUUUUAAACGAGACUUUACGUUGCGUUUCGCUGCUGAUAUUGAAACACUGCACCAUGUUAGAUCAGUAUUGAAUAUUUCCCUCUGAAACUGCCUCUCUCUGAGAACCAUGAUGGCAAAACAUUGCCCUAAAGAUGACCUGAGCAAGAUCUCUGACGAUGAACUGCUAAGAUGGAGCAAAGAGGACUUGAUCAAAAGACUGAGAAGGGUCGACAGUGAGAAGAUGAACCUGAUGCUGGAACAUGGCAACAUGAUGAAAGACAUCAACCGCAGACUGCAGGUGCACCUGCAUGAGAUUCGUAACCUAAAAGAAAUCAACCAGAAACUGCAGGAUGACAGCCAGGAGCUCAGGGAACUGUGCUGCUUUCUGGACGAUGAUAGGCAGAAAGGUAAGAAGCUGUCGAGGGAAUGGCAAAGGUUUGGGAGGUAUACAGCAAAUACCAUAUGGAAGGAGGUGAGCGCCUAUCAGCAAAAACUUAAGGAGCUGGAGACCAGCCAGGAGAGCAUUUUACAGGAGAAUGUGGAACUUAAGGAGAUAAUACUGAUGUUGGAUGAAGAUAGGAAUGGAGCGGGAUCUAGGAGCUCCAUCGACAGUCAGUCCAGCCUCAGCAACCUGAAUGGAGGUUCUGGCAAUGUUCGAGAUGUUGGUGAUGGGAGCAGUACAUCCAGCGGUGGAAGUGCUGGUAGCCCAGACCAUCAUCAUCAUCAUCAUAUACACAAGGCUGUAGAGAACAAGAUUGGCACCAUAAGGCGAUCCAUGGAUGAUCUAUCCAAUCCACAUCUUCACAGGAGUAUCCCAAAUGGACUCAAUAAUCCAUCCGCAAACUACAUUCGGCAGUUGGAAACUAAGGUUCGGCUACUAGAGGAAAAUAAUAACAAAUUGCUGUCACAGCCAUGUGGUCGUUAUAGCUUAUCACAGAUACCUACGAAGUGUGCUCCAGGUGACCUGAGAGCUUUAAGGAAGAACAUGACCCUCUUCCACUCAGAAUCACAGCUGUCAUCUCUCCCCCAGCGUCAGGAAGCCUUGCUUAAUGGCACAGGUAGACUACCAACCAGCGAAUCUUCACCAUCCACAGGGUUUCUCUCAUCUGCACAGAAACCUGAAGCUGUGGUUCAUGCAAUGAAGGUUCUGGAGGUCCAUGAUAAGAUGGACAAGAAGCUUCCAGAAGAAAGUGAGGAAGACCUGAGUGACAAAGAGAAGGCCAUUGUACGAGAGAUGUGCAAUGUGGUGUGGCGCAAGCUCGGCGACGCGGCAGGAUCAAAGCCAUCCGUCCGACAGCAACUCUCUGGGAACCAGUUCAAAGGUCCUCUAUAGUUGCUUUAACAGGCGAUGAGCGACCUUCAUCCACUAUCAAACCUCAGCAGGGCCAAUCUGAGAAGCUGUCCAGCCAACAACAUGCAACACAUACACUCCUGUCCUCUAAAUCAUUUGCGGUCGGUGUGCUUUGACUUGCCAGUGACACUACAUUUUUCAGAUUUCUGUAGCUUGGCAUCUGUGUAUCAGGCAUGUGUUAUAUUUGAUCUUUUUUAUAUAUUAUCGUGAAUCUCAUUUGAAUCUAUAGCCCCGUCCCAAUUUUUGCCCUUGAAUGUCGCAUCCGUCAGAUGUGACGCGCAUACGACCGCUAUUCACUCUUAAUUCACCCAUUCGCUGAGGCUGCACUGCAAACAUCCCAUAUGGCAAAGUAUGAACCUGGAGGAGGGCGGCGAGGGCUGAAGGUGCCAUUUGGGAGAGAGCCUAUGAAGUGCUUACUACGGGCAGCUAGUCACAUGUAGUCGACUCAAAUCUUGUUUCUAAUUUACAAAACAGUGAUGUCAGAUAACUCGCUAUUGUGUGACCUUCUAGACAAAGUUGGGUCCACUGAACUUUGGUUUACUUCUUUCAGAGCAAAGUGGGCAUUAGCAGACCCGCUCACUCCACUGUGCCAUUCCCUCACCAUGACUUAAAUGACUCUCAUCAUAACAAUGUAAGAUAUGUAUAAAAGCUUCAAAUCAAUUUAAUAUUAAGUCUUUUUAGAUGUUUUUACUUUUUGUAGUGGCUGUUUUUUUAAGUACACCACUAUGAAACGUUUGGGGUUUUCUUAACAGUGCAACAAAUUUUGGAACGACAGCAGCACAAUUUCGCAAUGAUUUCUUUUUGUUCCUGUAUGUAGAAAGAAAAACAAGAAGCAAUCUCUACCAAAUUCUAAUGUUUUGUACAAUUAAGAUGUCCGAUUUUAAAGCGGUGUGCUAUGCACGCUCGACAAUCACACCUCUCAGGUCAGGUCUGGAGAAAUGACAUAUUUACAUCGCGUGUUUAAUACAUAGAUCUGUCUGUUUCAGCCCUUUUUGUAUAUCGUGUCCUGGAUAAUAAUUGGUCAAGAACAGUGGUAAAUAAUUGCUUAAUCCAUUUGUAUUAACCUGUUUCCAGUCACGACAAAAAAUUGACAGACAUGAAUUUAAUUGUGUUUCACUAUACAUAAAAAGGUUGCAGAAAGCAACAUUAGUAAAUAGGCUGAAAGAUGAAAUUGUCUAAGAGACACAUUAAUUGAACGCCCAUCAUUCACAAAUACAAAAAUUAUAAACUUUAUAUUGAAUUAUUUGGCUGGAAAAUAGACUUAGCUUCUUCAUUCUGCAGAGUUUACUCAGAUUUACGACCAAAAUCAAUGAAAAAAGUAUGAGAGUUUUAUCUUAAUGUGCUGUGUGCCAAAAACAAAAUAUUGUUAAGCAUAAAUCAUAACCGCACUCAAGGUUUGGAUAUAACAAGUUAUAAAGCAGCUAAAUAAAUGCAUGCCUGUAACAGUAUGUGAGAGCAUAGUAAGAUUCUUUCCCUAGUUUUAUUUCAAACAGUGUCAAACAAAUAUGAGUUUUCUUAUAUUAAAGCUACUGUAUGUACUGAAUGCAAUACAGUAUGAACAUAGCCAUCGACUAAGGGAGGAGUUCAACACAUCAGAGGUGGUUUGGCUUUAUAAGAGAGUGUGUUUGAUUUGAUUGGUUGGCAUGGGUUCUGUUUGACCCCACUUUAAACAAAGAUGAGAUGCUAUUGUUUUUAAUAAAAUAAAAGAGUUGCAAAGAAAUCCUAAGUUUCUCUUGAGAAACGGCCUAAAACAAAGCCAUGAUUUUUAAAAUGAUUUUAUUUGGCUUUUGCUGCCUCCUUUGUGCAUGGGGUUUUAUUUGGAGCCCGUAUGGCCUGUACCCUGUAUUUUAUUGUGUGUAAAAUCCUCAGGUUUAUCCUGUCUUCAGUGUUAAUAGAGUUAAGCAUGACUGCAGAUUCCUUUCACAAACCAGGAGAGAUCGGGCUGAUAUUUUAUCAAACAUGUAAAAAAAAAUGUACAAAGUGAAUCCAGCCCAAUUUUAUCAAUAAACAUUCUAUUGUUUAAGCA